AUGAGUUUCUCCAAAUGGGUAUUGUUGAUUUUUACUCUUUCCUUGUUUGCUCCAGUACCCAUUUUCUCAGAUUCUUCAUUGACCUCAAAAGGGCUUUCAGAAAUCCCCUCAUACUUCCUCAAUUUUGCGAAGAAACCUGAGGUCUUUGAUUGGAUGGUGAGGAUUAGGAGAAAGAUACACGCGAAUCCAGAACUGGGUUAUGAGGAAUUUGAGACCAGUAAGCUUAUCAGAGCUGAAUUGGAUAAGAUGGGUAUUCCCUACAAAUAUCCAGUUGCAGGUACUGGUGUUGUUGGCUUCAUAGGUUCAGGGAAACCUCCUUUUGUCGCCUUACGGGCGGACAUGGAUGCCCUUUCCAUGCAGGAAAUGAUAGAGUGGGAGCACAAGAGUAAAAAUCCUGGAAAGAUGCAUGCUUGUGGGCAUGAUGCCCAUGUCGCAAUGCUUCUUGGCGCUGCAAAGAUUCUUCAAGAGCAUCACGAAGCUCUAAUGCAUUGGGAUGAUCUGAUUGCAGAUGGCCUUAGUGGUGUUGUCAAUGUGAUUUGUUGGAAUCUUAGGUCCUUUAGAGUAGUGAAGACUUGGAACUGGAAGCUGUGGACUUCAUUUAUCUACUUGUGGUGCGGUGGAGGUCAUAGGGGAUGCCAUGUGGUGAAGGAAUUUUAUGAGUAGUAGGAUUGAUAUUUAGUUUCUAUAGAAUUGUGAUUGGUGUGGAAGGGAUUAUAUUUUUCAUGGAAAGGCUUUUGAGAACACCAGCUACAGUGUUACACACAAUGUAGCUGUUUUAGCAUGAAUUCCACUGGGCAACACUUUGGGAUUAAUUAAAUUAGGGUUGCUGUGUCUGCAA